AUGAUCCGCUUCACGAACGUCUCUGCCAUCGACACAAAAGCCUGGACGUCUGCUCGGCUGUGUGCGCGCCAGGUCACAAGUCUGCGCUCAGCCACGUAUGGAGGAGGUGUGGAGCCAAUAUGUGGUCACCUGGUGGCCACAACAGGCUUCUCGUAUCGGGUUGCUGCGCCUGAUGCGUAUGAAUUACGGGGCACAUGUGUGUGUGUGUGUGUGUGUAUGUGUAGGGGUACAGGGUUGAGAGAAGAGUUCAGACUCGAAACGAUCAAACUGGUCUCGCCAAAGAACUGCGGCGGCGGCGGCCUGUCCGACCAAAAUGUAUUUCAGCGGAAGAGGACUCGGCCGCCGCGAAUCAGCCAAUCAGCUGCCGACUGA